UUGGUUUGAGUAAGAGAGAAUCAGAGCAAGAACAGAGAAAGAGUGAUACAGUGUGUGUGCGUCAGAGUCAGCAAGCUCCAACACCCAGAAAUGGAGUCGCCGCCAUUCCAUUUCUACUCUGCUUCGCGACCCACCGUCUUUCUCCCUUCAUAUUCUUCUUCUUCGUUCCUUUUUCUUCAUAAAAAUCCUUCAUUCAUAAAAUCCUCACGUUCCACCAAUGUCAGCUACUCAAGAAGCUUCUCUGUUCGUGCUUCUUCUUCUUCUUCCACCAGUGAUUCUGUGGUGACUCUGCUUGAUUAUGGGGCUGGCAAUGUUCGAAGCGUUAGGAAUGCUAUCAAGCACCUUGGUUUUGAUAUCAAAGAUGUGCAAACUCCAGAAGACAUUUUGAAUGCUAGCCGGCUUAUAUUUCCUGGUGUUGGAGCAUUCGGCAAUGCCAUGGAUGUCUUGAACAAGACAGGAAUGGCUGAAGCAUUGUGUGCAUAUAUCGAAAAGGAUCGCCCAUUUUUAGGGAUUUGUCUUGGACUUCAACUACUUUUCGAAUCCAGUGAGGAGAAUGGACCAGUAAAGGGUCUUGGCCUGAUCCCUGGAACUGUUGGGCGAUUUGAUUCAUCAAAUGGUUUUAGAGUCCCGCAUAUUGGCUGGAAUGCUUUACACAUUACAAAGGACUCGGGAAUUUUGGAUGAUGUUGGAAAACGUCAUGUAUAUUUUGUGCACUCCUACCGUGCCAUGCCUUCUGAUAACAACAAAGAAUGGGUCUCCUCCACCUGCAACUAUGGUGAUACAUUUAUAGCAUCUAUUAGACGAGGAAAUGUGCAUGCAGUUCAAUUCCAUCCAGAAAAGAGUGGAGAUGUUGGUCUUUCUAUUUUGAGGAGAUUUUUGUAUCCAAAGUCGCAAAUGACAAAGAAGCCUGGUGAAGGGAAAGCCUCAAAACUUGCACAAAGGGUGAUUGCUUGUCUCGAUGUGAGGGCAAAUGAUAAGGGAGACCUUGUUGUAACCAAAGGAGACCAGUAUGAUGUAAGAGAAAACACAAAUGAGAAGGAGGUGAGGAAUCUUGGAAAACCAGUUGAGCUUGCUAGCCAGUACUAUUUAGAUGGUGCUGAUGAGGUUAGCUUCCUAAAUAUUACUGGUUUUCGUGACUUCCCUCUUGGCGACUUGCCAAUGUUGCAGGUAUUGAAAUACACAUCAGAAAAUGUUUUUGUACCCUUGACAGUUGGGGGUGGGAUUAGAGAUUUUACAGAUGCAAAUGGCAGGCACUACACUAGUUUGGAAGUUGCCUCAGAAUAUUUUAGGUCCGGAGCUGAUAAGAUAUCCAUUGGAAGUGAUGCAGUUUAUGCUGCAGAAGAAUAUCUGAGAACUGGAGUGAAAACUGGAAAGACCAGCUUAGAGCAGAUUUCCAGAGUUUACGGAAAUCAGGCAGUGGUGGUUAGUAUCGAUCCUCGUAGGGUGUAUGUAAAGAAUCCCACAGAUGUUCAGUUCAAGACUAUAAGGGUGUCAAAUCGAGGUCCAAAUGGAGAGGAAUAUGCCUGGUAUCAGUGUACAGUAAAUGGAGGGCGAGAAGGCCGGCCGAUAGGUGCUUAUGAGUUAGCGAAAGCAGUUGAAGAACUUGGUGCUGGAGAAAUACUACUCAAUUCUGUAAAUGUUUCAGGUCAAGGAAAAGGAUUUGAUAUAGAUUUAGUUAAGUUGAUCUCAGAUGCUGUAAGUAUCCCGGUGAUCGCAAGUAGUGGUGCCGGUGCCGCUGAGCACUUCUCUGAGGUGUUCGCGAAAACAAAUGCUUCUGCUGCGCUUGCUGCCGGCAUUUUUCACAGAAAGGAGGUGCCUAUUCAAACUGUAAAAGAGCAUUUGUUGAAGGAAGGUAUAGAAGUCCGAAUCUGAUCUUGUUUUUACAGGCACACAUUUUUGAGAUGUAGUUUGUACUAAGAAAUUUGUUCUAAUCUUUGCAUCUCUCAGAAAUCUUAUAGACUUUUGUAAAAUUUACCAUACUUUUUUCUUUUCAUGGUGACUUAGAUUAAGGAAUUUUUACCAUCUUCUCUUCUAUCUCUUGGACCUACCUUUUGCCUAUUAUUAAUAAGGAUUUGU